UACAUUGAAACGGCACGUUCUCAAAACAAAAAUGAAUAAACUGAGUGACUCUCAUGUGAAGAACUAUUUUCUAUCAAAAAGCUGAGGUCAUAAAUUACGAAGUGAAUAGCAAGCCUGCAAGCACAAGCGAACUGUAAUCCAGAUUUAACAUUUGAUGUGAAUUCGCGCUGGACCGUUGUCGGCUACAUUUGUAGUGGUUAGAAUUCAAACUAUGUAUGUAUAACACAAACCACAGAGCCGCAGACCGGAUAAAAUGUAACGGGAUCUGCAGGGCAGCUUACGUUUACGUCGGAAAAUGCAAUAAAAGUAUCGCGAAAACGAAGUGUACCUUGAAAGACAUUAGAGUAUAGUGUUCUCAGUGCCGAACUAGAAAUGGAAAAUAGUGGUGAAAGUGGUGACGAUGGGGGACCAUUAGGUCCGUCUGCGUUCCUCGGAGGAGGUGGUGUUUCUGCGUCAUACAUUAGCGUGCAGUCCGAUGAUAUGGAGGACGACCCUGAGAAUACAGACGAUUCGAAUCACGGAGCGAGCGAUCCAUUGCAAGGAGCCGGAGGUGCUGGCAGUGGUCCUCUGCGCGAACAGGACCGAUUCCUUCCUAUAGCGAAUGUCGCUAAGAUCAUGAAGCGAGCGAUACCGGAGUCAGGGAAGAUAGCUAAGGAUGCCCGUGAAUGCGUUCAGGAAUGUGUGUCAGAAUUCAUAUCGUUCAUCACGUCGGAAGCGAGCGACCGGUGUCACAUGGAAAAACGGAAGACUAUUAAUGGUGAAGACAUUCUAUUUGCGAUGACCACCCUUGGUUUUGACAAUUACGUGGAACCGUUAAAAGUAUAUCUACAAAAGUAUCGGGAGGCCACUAAAGGGGACAAUCCGCCGGGAACUAAUCCUGCAACGGGUAACGGGAAAGUCGAGCCACAAGGGACAAUUUAUGAAGACCAGUUGUUCGCUAUCGCGACAACCAGUGCUACAACUUCCGAUACACCCGUUAUAUAUAGUUACACGUCUAACGAUCAGAUGCAGUUCCAACUUUCCUGAUCGCCGCAUCUACGAAUGACUUUGAUAUAAAAUAAUUGAUCGCGCGACCCGAUUCACCGAAAAACCGAAUAUUUCGUGUGUCUUUCUAUCGCGUUUUCUUUAUAAAAGACUGUUGAGAUCGGUUUGAAAGCUGGUCUGGUAUUGUAAGAUUAGAUUAACAUGGGUAUCCAUUAAGGGCUAUGUAAGAAAAGUAAAGUUCAAGUAAUUAUUGUGUAAAAAAGAUAUGAGAGGAAAUAAACCAGGAGAUAGUUCAAAGGCUCA